GUUGAUGGUUCAUUCCAGGCACACCCUAUCCGAAAAUGAGGAUGGUUUGAUCCAUCAUUAGAGAACUUUAGCAGUUAUGCCUAUAUAGGACCGCACCAGGGAAGGAGGCGGCUUGAUACGCAAUUAUUCUUCUGUUGUUCCGGUCCGGAGAAGAUUGACGUCUCAUUCCGCGACUCUCAGGUUAGCUGUUCUCUUUCCCCCUUCCCCACCCCGGCUGUCCCUGGAAAUGGUGCCGUCCAGUGCUCACACCGACCAGUAAAGGAAUGUGCCACUGUAAUAUAAGGGGUGUGCGUGUGUUCUCCACCCCCACAGUACGGUGGUCUAGUCUCGCCCAGAGAGUGUGUUAGACCUAUGGUGUCCCUCACCUUCCCAGUUUGAACGCUCCGGGCCGUGAAAUACACACUCCCAGCCCAUAAGGGGCUGCCACAGUACCUUUCUCGGCCAGUACCAAGCGGUUAGGGAGGCCGGGGGUGGGUGGGGGGCUUCCUUUCCGUUCCCUCUCUUUCUCCCUGACACCUUCCCCUUUGGCUCGGGUCUUAUGGCCGCGCCGGGCCAGUGACUGAUUGGGCGCUCUUGUCCCGCCUCCUCCAGGGCGCGCGCGGCAGAGGCAAGGCCGGGGCGAUGGAGCGCUGCGCCUGCGUGGAGAGGGAGCUGGACAAAGUGCUGCAGAAGUUCCUGUGCUACGGCCAGCACUGCGAGCGAGGUCUGGAGGAGUUGCUGCGCUACGUCAGCCAACUGAGGGAGGAGCUGGGCGCUGCAGGUACGCGCGGGGGCCUCCGUCUGGCGGUGGCCAGUCGGCUCCUGCCUCUGAGGGAGCGAGGAAGGAAGGGCGGGAGGGUCGAGGGCGGCGUCGGGAGCGGCUACAGCUGGCGGCUUCUCGAGUGUACUCCUCAUUAGUUCGAAAAUAUAAGCCCCACCGAGCACAGAAUGACCCACCCACAUUAUUUAUUACAUUUAUAUCCCGUUCUUCCAAGAGAGGGUGGCCUGUUUUGUCCUUCACAACGACAACCCUGUGAGGUAGAGCUUAGGCUGAAGGGGAGUGGCUGGCCCAAGGUCGCCCAGUUUGGGUUUAAGAGUGGCUAGCUUCAUGUGGACACUAUGGACACAACCCUGUCAUGUAAGGUAGGCUAACUUGAUAUUGUGGCAGGGCUGCUCCUUUUCUUUUUAGAUGCAUCAAAUGUGUGAAGUGUUAUCCUCAGCUGGCAGAUAUAUAAUGUGGGUGGGUGGGGCAAUUUGUAAUCCCUGGAGCCCCAAAGGCAAUGAAAUGUAGCUACAGGGUGCAUCAUUUGCUUCAGUCAUUUUACAAGUGAAUUAGUUGUGAGUCCCUGUCCAAGGAACCGGAACAAAUCUGGUUGCAUUGUAAGCUUGAGUUACCAACAGUGGAGUGUGUGGUGUGCUCCUUGUGGUAGCUGGAAGCUUGUGUGCUUCCUAAAGGAAGUGGUCAGUAGGUUUCUGGGUUAAGAUAGGACUUGUACUGUCCAUUCUGUAGCUACACAGUCUAACACAUUUCUAACUUCUUACCCUGCCAUCAGCCUGGACCAGUCGUGGAACAGGUUAUAGUGGUACCUCGGUUUACAAACUUAAUCCGUUCCUGAAGUCUGUUCUUAAACCAGAUACGUUCUUCAACCAAGGCGCACUUUCCCUAAUGAGGCCUCUCGCCGCCCGUGCCUUUCCACCGUUUGGCUUCCAUUCGUAGACCGAGGUAAAGUUCGCAAACCUACUUCUGGUUUUGUGGAGUUUGUAAACCGUGUAGUUCGUAAACAGGACUGUUCGUAAACCGAGGUAUCACUGUACCGUCUUGAAGUCCUCAAACCUUUUGAAACAGAAGCCAAAGAAUGGUUGAUUGAAGACAGCCAUAAAUAUUGUAUACGUUGGCAUAAUGUAGAGUUGUUUAGGUAUCAAUGGUAGUGCUAUUGACCUGAAGAUACAAAUUUCCCACAAAUCUGAAGUAACUGUGGAGGAGGAUGUACUGAAAUAUCUUCAGGAAUGACAGUACUGGUAGAUUGUGAUCCAUCUUGGUAGGGAAGUUGACAUUUACAACCUCAACCUCCACCUCUUUGCUGGAACAGUGUCUCUGGGAGACUAUCAGUACAUUGAAACUUCAAGGAAAUCUCUGACAAAAGGGAAAUUUUGGCAUGAGUUUGCUGAACCAGAAUUUAUCAGUAAAGUUGUUUGUUUAGGACUCAGAACCAAGGUUUUCUCUAAGACUAAUGAUGAUAAAUUGGCACAGCAAAGAUUGUGUUAACCAGUGAAAGCUAUUUAUGUUACUAAUAGAUUAGUGAAAAGGUUGAAUGUCUGUUUUGCUUUUAUAGAAGGUUCUCCUGUUUUCUUGAAGCACAUUAUACCAUAAUUUAUAUAUCAUCUAUUUGAAAGCAGCAAGAUUCCUAGAAUUGGUUUUGAGUGUUCCUGCUCUAGAAGCAGGGGGAAAAGCCAGUGUGGUGUCAUGGUUAGAGUGCUGGACUAGGACUUAGGAGACCACUUUAUAAAUCCCUAUGUGACCAUGAAAGCUCAUUGGAUGACCUUGAGCUGGUCACUAUCUCUCAGCUUAUCCUACCCCAUAGGGUUGUUUUGAGGAUAAAAAGGAAAGAGGGAGAAUUAUAUAUGUCACCUUGAGUUCCUUGGAAGAAAAGUGGGAUAGAUGUAAUAAUAAAUAGAUAAAAUUAAGAUCCCACCCACCCAUAGCCCCAUAAUCUGUUCAUUCUCUUACUGGUGAGCAUAAAUUUCUCCCAAGACUAAGAUCUGGGGGGAAACUGUUGGCUUCUGUUAAUUCCUACCUGUUCCAGAUCAGAUUUGUAAGCAAUAAGGAAGUCUUGCUCUAUAGAUUACAGGUAAUUUGCAUCUUACAUGAUGGUUCAGUUCUGGGAGUCCACAUGUAAAUGCAAAAAUGUGCAAAACCGGGAACUGGUCAGCUUUGGGUGUGAGGACUCCAGGAUGUUGCCAGAGCCCUAGCACUGCCUUCCCAAAGCCAGGUAAGUCGGUGAUCACAGCCUUGUGCGGGUGGGUGGAGAAUAAAUAAAUGGAGAGUGGGUUUCCCUUGCUCUCCAUGUAUUUAAUAAUUCUUCUUCCUUGGCGAUCACUCGUAGCCGACUAAGAUUGUCUUCCAUAAACACGGUUUUAACAAUGAGUCCAUAAGUGACUGUGGAGGCCAAUGCUGGCUCCACACGUCCUUCCACAGUGGGGACAUUGGGCGGGAGUUGAUCUCGGUGUGGAUUUGCCAAGCGUGCCUUCCUCUUAGCACAUUUCUCCCUUGCAUCCAGAGUUUGAGUGUCUUCAAAGCGCAUGACGCCUUUGGUAAAGGCUGUUCUCCAAUUGGAGCGCUCGCAGGCAAGUGUUUCCCAAUUGUUGCUGUUUAUACUACUUUUUUAAAUACCCCGCUGCACACAGUUGCAAUCGUGUAAGUAAAAUAAGUGUAAGAUUCGAGUUACCUGUAUGCUCUUGAACUGGCACCCACACUAAGAUAUAAUUGCUGCUUCUCCUGCAGCCUUGCAACGAACGCCACUGUCUGCUACUCUCUCCCUGGUUAUGUCCCAAUGCUGUAAGAAGAUCAAAGACACAGUGCAGAACCUAGCUUCAGACCACAAAGACAUUCACAGCAGUAUCUCUCGUGUGGGCAAAGCAAUCGAUAGGGUGAGUAGGUUUCAGGAGCAAGGUGGGAACCCAAGCAUUUAAAACUGAAAACUUGAUGAGUUUUGAGAGCAAAUGUUUUUCUUGUAUGUGCUCCAUCGCCCUAUAUAGAGCUCAUUAUUGAAACAUGGGUCUUUAAUGGAUUAGUGCAGUGUGCAUCUUCUCUUCUAUAUUGUGCUUUGACUCCAUCCACACUGCCUGAUUUUAUCCAGGCCCACAAAUGUCUCCCUGUUUUUCCAACCUGCAGAACCAGUGUCUUUCCUCUGUGUUAACACUGAAAUCUAGAAUUCUGCAUAAAAGAAUACAGUCAUACCUCGGGUUGCGAACACUGCGGGUUGCGCAUUUUUGGGUUACGGACGCGCCGAACCCGGAAGUACCGGAACGGGUUACUUCCAGGUUUCGGCACUUGUGCAUGCACAGAAGCGCCAAAUCGCGUCACGCGUGUGCACAGACACGGUGCUGUGGGUUGCGAACGCUCCGGGUUGUGAACGUGCCUCCCGCACGGAUCACAUUUGCAACCCAAGGUUCCACUGUAUUAGAUUGUCCAGAGUUCAGUAUUUCUAGUAAACACAUGUGUGCUUUGUAUUGGCUAAAUAAGGGUGGCUCCUGUUUUUUCUUUUUCUUCACAGACAUAGUUCAAAUGGGAUUAGUUUUGGUUUUGCAGGGCUAGGAGUGAAAGCACGGGGGGCAUUAAGCAGAAGAAUCAGAGUUGAAUCUUGUGAGAAUUUCCUUGACUAUUGCCAAGGAGAGGGAUAUUAUUUAAGCCUUGAUAGUGAACACGACUAGAAACCAUUGCAAACUCUGUUCAUGCCAUGUUAAUGUGAUCUCUCUGCAGUUGCCAAGAUGGCAACCCACCUUGCUUUCCAACAUGCAUAAGUUCCAUCAAAUGACUAUACCCCCUUUUUAAACUCAGAGCUGGAGAACUAGUGGCAAGCACUGUGGGAAGCCCAGAUCAUGAAUAAGUUUUUGGAGUUGAAACCAGUAAUUCAGCUGUUGUCAUUUAAGAAAUUGAAGGAAGUUCUCCUGCCUCAACUGAGGAUUGGGCCUAGGGUCCCUCCCCAUCAGUAUCUAUGGAGAGGAAGACUUAAUCCAUGUGCUUUCCUUUUGCUGUUAAAUCAAGAGCAUCCACAUUUCUCCAGCACACAACAAGCCUUUCUACCUAUCCAAUUCCUUGCUCUGAGGUUCCUUAGCUCUGUUGCUUGCCUGUCAUCUUUUCUCCCAGACUGUUUAAAUUACUGGAAACAAGUUACUGACAAGAAUGCCCCUGAAUUUGAAAAAAGACUUGCAUGUGGUGCAAUAUGGCUGCCACUACUAUGUCCAAAACUUCAGUAUACUUCUCUAGCUGUCUGUAGAUACUGCCAAAUUCAUAGUGAUAUGGGAUGACAGCUAGUACUCAGUGCCGAUGGAAAGCCACUUAUUUCUACUACUUGUUCUGGGGCUUUCUUUAGUGCUUGUGAAUGACUGACGCCUUGUUCUGUUCCAGCAUUUUGAUGCUGAUUUGUGUGGCAUUGUUCCUGCUAUGGUCUGGGAGUCUCAAGAGAAGCAGAUCCUGGUGUUGGCCAUCAUAGAGCACCUCUACCAACAAGGGAUGCUAGGAGUGGCGGAGGAACUGUGUCAGGUACAGGGGUUUGAGGAGAUGGAAGUGUAAAUGUUAUUUGCAUGGUGUAUGGGAACCGAUAGUUGCAUCUCUACAUUGUGCCACGGCGCUGCUUGGUAUUGACCAUUGAGAUGUGCCAGGAAAGGUCUCUGUUUCCUGCUUGCAUAUGCAGGAGGAUCAGAAGCUUGAACCUGCCAGCCAGUUCCACUGCAAAGUACAACAAGCUGCCUAUUCCGCUGCCUCUUCUAUCCAACCUGCAGAGGAUGGAUAUGUACUUGACAGCCUCCCUCUGGGAAUAUUUACCUUGCCUUGAGCCUUGUUCUAAUUUGGCUUGCCCUUCCACAGGAAUCCACUGUGAAUGUGGAUGUAGACUUUAAAAAGCCAUUCCUGGAACUUAACAGUAUAUUGGAAGCUCUGCACAAACAGGAUCUGGAGCCUGCUCUGAGGUAAGAAUGAUGAGCUAUAUUCUGUUUCCCCUCUUAGGAAUAAUAAGUACAGUGGGAGAGGAAACAGAGUCCUAACAGAAUGAUUUUGAAGUAGGGCCUAUGGCAAGGGCCAUUGGGGGAACCACACUCUUCAUUAUCAGUGAGCCUAUCCACUCUGUGGGUCUGCCAUCUUUUCUCUUCCAACAAGCACCAAGAAGUUCUGCUUGUUUUGUUUUCACUCAUUAUCUUCUACACAAGGCCAGGGUAUUCCUGUAAUAAGAUACCUGAAUUUGUGAGCUCACAGCAUGCUGAGAAAAUGCUGCUUCAACCUGCCUCAGACCAGGUCGCCCACAAAUAUUAGCUUGGAUUGGAGUAGCACCCAUUCUAAGGGCAGCUUUAUAUGUAGAUGAUGGCAUUGAGCGGUGUUGUCUCUUGCUCAGUUGGGCAGUCUUCCACCGACAGCAGCUGGCAGAAAUGAACAGCAAUCUGGAGUUCCGGCUGCAUCGACUCUACUUCAUCAGGCUCCUUGCUGGCGGUUCAGGCAAGGAGCUAGAGGCCUUGAGCUACGCACGCCAUUUCCAGCCCUUUGCUCACCUGCAUCAGCAAGGUGAGGCUGUUUCCAGAAGCCUACUCUGCUACUUGCUCCUUGGGAGGAGCUUUCUUGCCUUUAGGCUGUUUCUCUGGGCCUUGCCGCACCCAAUAGAAUGGGCUCAUAUUUUGUUGCUUCAAAGUGUUUGGAGUUUCCCUUUUUAGUAGGGGAAGUCUUGGGAGUUGUUGACUCAGCCUGGUCAUUGUCAUAGGUAUCACCAUUUCCCAAUAACUGGUUCCAUAACAGGCCAGCCCCGUUAGCAAAAGUAUGUUUACCUGAGUGCUGCUUCCUGCAUUUGUCAUCUGCAGAGAUCCAGGUGAUGAUGGGCAGCCUGGUGUACCUGCGUUUGGGCCUUAAGAAUUCUCCAUAUAGGCAUCUUCUGGAUGAGAGUCAGUGGACUGAAAUUUGUGAGAUAUUCACUCGUGAUGCCUGUGCCCUGUUAGGUCUCUCAGUGGAGUCACCUCUGAGUGUCAGGUAAAGCUUGUUGUGGGUGGGACUGGCGGUGGAUUGAGCAGUGCUGAGCUAUCUCCUCCCUCCUUCUCUCUCGGCAGCUUUGCUGCAGGAUGUGUAGCACUGCCGGUGCUGAUGAACAUCAAGGCUGUGAUUGAGCAGAGACAGUGCACGGGUGUCUGGAGCCACAAAGAUGAGCUGCCUGUGAGUGCCUGGCCCAUUCAGGGGUAGGGUGCUAUGAGACAGCUGCAGGGUGGGGAUAUUUUUGUGAAAUAAAGUUAACUAUAACAACCAGGUUAUGGGCCUAAUUAUUUUCUGCUUGUUUUAUCAGAUUGAAAUUGAGCUUGGGAUGAAAUGCUGGUACCACUCGGUCUUUGCGUGUCCCAUUUUGCGACAGCAGACAACUGAUUCUAACCCACCCAUCAAGCUCAUCUGUGGGCAUGUUAUUUCUCGAGAUGCCCUUAACAAGCUGAUCAAUGGAGGGAAGUGAGUGGUUUUUACAAACUAACUUUCCUCAAUUCUGGGAGGCUGUGGAUGACGAACUCUUGCCUGAAAACUUGAAGUAUCCAGGCUCUCCUACCUGUGAAAUGCUGUGGUCACCCCGACAGGAGUAGAUUCCCCACACAACUCAUUUCCAUGUACCGUAGGUCCAGGAAGUCUCUUUCAUCUUGAAGCAGUUUAUCACUAUCAUUUUAUUUUUUGGGGACUACAUGAUAGUUUCACUGUGUCUGCUGCCCUCUGCUGGGUAACUAGGUCAUACUGCAGUUGCUAUAGUAAGGGGGAGCUUAGUACUGCUCCUUGUAGUUUCUUAGUAACUGGCAAGCCCAAGGCCAAAUCAGACUUGUUAACAGGGCAGAGAGGAGAGUGAGGUAGUGGACCAAACACCAGGACUUGCUAGUGGUCUACUGGAAGUAUGGGUCUGGGUCAGCUUCCUGCUUAUCUGCUUUAGUGGUCUGGUAGGACUACUUGCCAAUGAGAAUUCUAAGGCCUUGUUUUGAUUCUGAUCUUUCUUUGUGCAGGCUGAAGUGUCCAUAUUGUCCCAUGGAGCAGAGCCCUGCUGAUGGAAAACGCCUAAUCUUUUGAUAAUGGCAUGCCUUGGAGAUGUUCUGGUGAAAAUAGGCUGUUGGGAUAAUGCUUGAUGGAAGGUGGCAUAUGCUGGCAGGAAUGGUCUUCUGCUGUGAACAGUAUUAGCUGCUACAUGCUGGGAACUGACUGUAGCUCACUGGGCCAGAGGAGAGCAAUCUUAUGUCUACUGUAAGCCAAGCCACAUUAUUCUGUACUCGUCGCAACAUACAACUUCCUAGGAUUAUUCCUGGGAGCUUUAACUGGCAGUGAUCCUUCCUAGCAAGAUGGUUUACACUCUCCCCAUGCAUAGCUCUACUUGUUGAGAUACAGCUUGUAUCACAAAUAGUACACAGGGAGCUGUUGCUAUUUUUAAAACACUUCAAGAUAAAUCUAGGUCUUUUUUUCUGUUUCAAUCCAUCAGUUUGAGGGGGGGGGGAGCCUUAGAGCUGCCUUUCUCUUCCCACUGCCCAAUAUGCGCUUUUGACAAUGGGAAGGAUGGAAUUUAAGUUGGGAGAAGUAUGCUGGAAACUUGGCUUACUGCUAUUUUGAAGAAAAGUUUAAAAUAGGUUGGAAAUACAAUGGUGAAAAUAUUUGAAUCAACAAAGGUGGAAUUUGGGCCCUCUGUACUAAUACACAGUGUAGCUCUUCAAAAAACAAGGGAUAAGUAAUAAGAUGUAUUGUUUCCUAAUGAAAAUAACACAAGUGAAAAACUGUGACAGCACUAUAUUAAAGAAAUUCAUACUUUAUGACAGGUACAUGAUAGCAGCUUGCUGCUUUUGAGUGUUAGAAAGCCUAGCAAAGCUACUUUAUCCAUUGUGAAGGAGUAGAAAAUGGAGAAAGUACCAUGACUUUGUGCAGGUUGAGAAAGCUGGUAGAAUAGUAACUAUCAUUGAGACAUCCUUAAAAGUAGGUAUACAGUCUAUUUUAUUCAAGAAAUUUGAAGUAAUCCUUUCCCCUGUUGCUGACAAUUCACAGCAUUUGCAAGUACUCAUUAAGGUUACAGAUACACAUCAGAACCUGACUAGGUGAACUAUUUUAGGCAAUGGUCCUAAAAAAGCUCUGUAAUAUGGGAGAAUGGGGGUAUGGAUAAUUAACAGGGAUCUUGAAUCUGAUUUAGAGAUUUGAACUCCCUUGGAACGAGACCCGAAAGUAAUAUUAAAACAACUGGCAGAGUUUAAAUCUGUGUUGCUUGAAGUCUGAACUUAGCUCUGAAAGCUGAGCCCAUUUUUAUUAGAACGGUGAGGGUAAAUAGUUUAAAGCUGUAGGCGCAGGAGUUGGUGCCUACAAGUUGCACUUUAAUUAGAUUUUUGUUGUUUAAAAAAAUGCAGUAGUUUGGAGUAUCAGUCUGGAAUAACAGUGGAUGUGAAGAUCUGCACUAGCCUGGGGAGAGACGUUUAAAGAUACUUUUAUGAUGCCACAGAAACCCUUUGACAUCAAAGGGUUUUUUUCACAAUGCAUGUAUUCUUAGUUUUUCUUCCUCCGAGGCACCAGGAACUGUUAAACCCAGGAUAGAGAUGGAUGGCAUGGAAAUACAGCUAAAUAAAUUUCUUUUCAGCAAA